AGUGUUGCUCGCAGAAAACGCCAAUAACAUGCCCGCCCGAGGAUGAUGGGAUGAUCUCCAUCCAUCCAUCCCUCUCACCCAAAGAGGUCUCACUCAUUCUCACCUCACCUCAGUGCUCAAUCAGUCUCGCCUCACCUUGUCUCACCAAGAGGGAUACGACCGAUAGGACAGGACUGACUGACUGGUAGGACAGCCAACCCACUACCGGCACUAUUAUACCACUACUAAACAUGGCGCCGAAAGCGAGGUUCCAAGAUGGUGAAAAGGUGUUAUGCUUUCAUGGCCCAUUACUCUACGAAGCCAAGUGCAUCAAAGCGCAGGUGAAGGACAAGCAGACAAAAUACUUCAUUCACUACAGUGGUUGGAAUAAAAAUUGGGACGAGUGGGUGCCUGAGAGCAGAGUUCUAAAGUACAACGAUGUGAAUCUACAAAAGCAGAAAGAACUGGAAAAGGCGCACUUGUCCUCUGCUCCUCACUCUCAGUGUGCUUUAAAAAACAAGAAACAUAACAAGGUUACUAAAGCGAAGAAGGAGCCAGAGAAAGAACGUUCUUCUACACCUACGCAAGAGAAGCAGCCAAAACAAAAACCAUCAAGCGCAGGGACAGCACCUCCAGUGACUCCAGCUUCUGCUCAGGGUCAAGACACGAGCUGCGAGAGCCACAGGAAGAAGCGGAGCCGCUUGGAUCCGCACGUAGAGUCGGAAGAGGCAUUCCUGACAAGAGUUGAAAUAAAAGUUCGAAUUCCAGACGAGCUCAAACCGUGGUUGGUUGAUGACUGGGACCUCAUCACGAGACAAAAAAAGCUGGUCCAACUUCCGUGUAACGUGACCGUAGACCACAUCCUAGCCGACUAUGUCAAGCAGAAGACGUCGGUGAAGGGAAUCUCUUCUAAUAAGGAGAGUGCCGUUAUUGAGGUUACCAAUGGACUGAAGGAAUAUUUCAACGUCAUGCUGGGAAGCCAGUUGCUGUACAAGUUUGAGAGGCCUCAGUAUGCGGAGGUUCUAAACGAACGUCCUGAAACUGCGAUGUCGCAGAUCUAUGGUGCUAUACAUCUGCUGAGGCUUUUUGUCAAGUUGGGAAGUAUGUUAGCCUACACACCUUUGGACGAGAAAAGUGUGCAGUUGCUCUUAAACCAUAUCCAUGAUUUUCUCAAGUACAUGGCCAGAAAUUCGCAGCUAUUCAGCCUCAACGAUUACACUGUUGCCCCACCGGAUUAUCAACGAAAGGCCAUUUAAGGCCAGUGAUGUACAUAAAGCUUGUUCAUAAUCCUCUGCUCUGUCGUACGGUAACGAAGCAUGAAUUAAAUGAGUGAUCCUCGA